UCCAUCACGCUUAGCAUGUGUCGAGCGUUUGGCAGACAGAUAAUUCAUCCGUCACUUCUCCCCGCCACACAUCACCGACUCCCUUCUUCUCGCCCGUGUUUCAGGGGCGACGUGGACGUGUCCGCCGUGUGCCAGUACCAGAUCGCUGACGUGAAGAAGGUGUUCGAGGGCUCCUACAAGGAGUACAGGGAGGCGUCCCAGAGAUGGGGGCGAUACACCGGCACCGUCCCCAGCCCCCGGCCCGGAUCGUGCAUAACUAACUCAGACAGGGAGAACGGCUACAACAGCUCUCUGCAGCUGCCUGACGCCACCCUCAACUUUGCCAAGAAACACCCACUGAUGGAGGACAAAGCUCUGGGUCGCCCCCUGCUGCUGGCCAAGGGCGUUAACUUCACCAAGCUGGCGGUGGACCGGGUCAGCGGCCUGGACCAGCGGGCGUACAACAUGCUCUUCAUCGGCACAGCUGAGGGCUGGCUGCAGAGGGUCGUCAUCCUGGGCUCUGAGACCCACGUGAUCGAGGAGAUCCAGCUGUUCGACUCGGCCCAGCCCGUGGACAGCCUGACCAUCUCCCACUCCAAGAAGUACUUGUACAUCGGCUCCCGCUCUGAGGUUCUCCAGCUGCCCUUGGCCAACUGCAGCCGCUAUCAGUCUCAGCCAGACUGCCUGCUCGCCAGGGACCCCUACUGCGCUUGGGACAACGAGGGCCGGGCCUGCGUCCGCAUCGACCUCCACCGAGGGUCCACUUCCUCCCUCUCCCAGGACUUGAUGCUGGACAGGUUCAACCGUGGGAAAGCCAAGUUUGAUAAACCUGUCUCCAUCCCGAGUCCUGAGCACUCCCGACUGAGAAAUGUAACAGUGGUCGUCGGGUCGGACAUGGUGCUGCCUUGCCAGCUCGUCUCGAACUUGGCCCAGCCUUUCUGGGUGGUCAACGACCGCGAGCUCCAGCUGGGUGACCCAGAAGCGGGAGGACCUCGCUUCGACCGAACCCUGAAAGCCCUCAUAAUCCCCGAAGCGGGCCAGAUGCAUGCGGGCCGCUACGUCUGCUACUCCGAGGAGCAGGGAGUCAAGUUUCAGACAGAGCGCUACCAGGUGACUGUCUAUGCCAGCGCCCCGGUUUUCAUGGAAGCCCGGGCCCCGGACAGCAGCAUGGGGCUCUUCUGGGUGCUGGUGAUCACUCUGGGAGCCGCGUGCCUUCUCCUGCUGGUGGCCGCCCUCUACCUGCGCAGGAGGCUGAAGCUGGCGCUGGGGAAGGGAGCCGACAUGAAGCCCCUGGAGAGCACCCUGGUCUACCCCAUCACCCUGCCCAAGGAGCCGCCCACCUUCGUGCCCAGCAAGAUGCCCAGCGACGAAGACCGCUUCUGGGAGACGGGCGCCAACUACUACUACUCAGACGGCUCGCUGAAGAUCGUUCCCGGCCACGCCCUGGGGCCCAGCAGCGUCACCAGCACGGCGUCGCCCAGCGCCAUUCCCGGCCAGCCCAUCCACUCCCCAAGCCGGCUCAGCCUCACCAACAUCCGAGGCUCCGGUAGCAACGGCUACAUCCGCCUCAACCUGAGCACAGCGGGGGAGGAGAGGGCUAGCGGGGCCAGUGUUGGGGGCGGCGCGCUGGGCGGGCUGGGCAUGGGCGUGGGCGGGAACGACUACUCCAGUCCCUUCAAGGAGGAGCUGAGGCGCACUCUGCAGCAGCGGAGCGUCCUGCCCGACGCCAACCCAGAGGAGUCCUCCGUCUAGUCCUUCCCCUUCCGCCGCGUUUUAAUUCCCCCCCGAGGUGGAACAAGAAUCCAACCAAGCUACCUCCCUCCUUCCGAGGACGCCUGCUCUCUCUGUCUUUUAGUGACAUGCUGUCCACUCCCAUGCUCUCUGUCUCACUCUGCCAAUGCCUGUUUGGCUCUCUGUAGACUUCUAUUAGCACACAGCAUGUUCAGCGCACACACACACUCGUACACCGUGUUUGCCAACAGUCGCUGUGUUUCGGGCAACACCGAGUCUCGGUUGUGACUGUCUCUGCUUCCACUGUGCGACUGCCACUCGUGUACAUUUUGUAUUUAAAAAAGAAAAGGAAAAAAAAGAUGAACGCAGAGCAGAGAGCCUCGAGCAUGGAGCCCCGACAAAUGAUGUUAUUUUUUCCUCUCUCAGAUGAGCCCAGCUCUUUUUACUUUGAGCUCAGGCCCCGUUCUGAGACCAUUUAACAACAAGGGCGACUAACUGGAAAUAUGUUUUUUGUGUGUGUGCGUGUGUGCUUGUGCUCCUUGAGACUUUUUCCUGCUUAUUGCACUUAAAAAAAAACUGGAAGCCUGUCUUUCCUGUUUUUUUUGUACUCGUGAACCGAGAGUUAGAGAGAGCGGCUUUAAAAAAAAAAAAAAAAAAAAAAGCGGACUAAUUAAUCUCCAAGCAAGAUGACAAUCAUGUCCCCGUGGCAGGAGCUCUGUGUGGGGCAGAAAGGAGACAAAAAGAGAAGAAAUUAGGCAGAAAAUGAAGUGAACAGGAGAAAAAGACAUGAGGGGGGGGGGGAGUUUCUAAAUGAAGGACAAUCUCUCAAGACUUUUCUGCUCAAUUGAAACGUUUCCCCUGGCGUCACAUUUACUGCUGGAGGACUCAUUCGAUUUCUUCCACUCUUAAUUUAAUGUGAUGCUCGGUUUGAAUUAAGACAUUUCUCGUCCUUUGUUUUCUUGUUGUUCUGUUUUUUUUCGGACUUAUGGACCACAGCAGUGUUCGAAACGGAUUGUUAGUGACUAAUGGCUCACCUCUCUGAACGCCAGCGUGAGGGAGACCUGCUUAGCGUUGCGUUGCUCCUCGCUCGGCCCUGCGUGGCCACCUCCCGCUCCCCUCCGCUCCGGGAGUUCUCCGUGGGACGUUCUCUGGAGCCGCAGCGCGCAAAAGACGGGUGUUUUGACGCGGACCUCUUGAACUCUCGUUCCCGUCUUUUGAGAAGAAAGAAAGCAGAGCGGAGCUUUGUGUUUUCGGCUCCUGGCAGCGGAACAAUGGUUGCGGAGUUAAUUGCAAACUGAAGCUGACAUGAAGACAUUCGGCGCAGAGAAUGUAGUUGAACCCUUAUUGUUGCGACGGCUGUGGAUGUCUCAGUAAGUGCUUUAUGCUUCUUCUUUUUUUUCCCCUCCAUGUGUCUGAUGAGGGCGGUAACGCGCACUGCCAGGAAGGAAACUACCACUCCAACACAUACACACUCACACACAAAAGUUUAUUGUGGAACCCAGCCAUCCAGGGCUACGGGGCGAAUGUGAAGCGCCCUUAGUGCCCACGGGACCCCGCCCCACCCUUUUACCGAAGCCUAGAGACUGAUCCGGGGCUACUGUGGACCGAUACAGCGGAAGAACACUGAACACACACCUACACAACAAGAACUCACACAGUGUUACAGGAAGAAUGGACCGACAGACUGAUUACUGCCACGCUGAUAAACUACUGGCCCCAGGCAGAAAGAUGCCAUGAAGCAGUGAAAGUGUUUUUUCAUCGUGUAUUUUGUGGAUGUGCCUGUGGAGACCGGAGGAACGCCUAAAGGAACCGCAAAGCAGAGAACCGUGUGUUGUUCCCACUGUGUACAGUCCGAUGGGGGGGGGGGAGAAAAAUAAGUCAAAAGAAUCUUACGGCCGAGGAGGUCGUCAGCCAUCAGCGCUCCAUCCUACUGUUGCAUGAUCUUCUCUGCAAGUGGACUGCACAUCUUUGAUAUGAUCAUCCCUGUACAAAAGUGAAACAUUUCCAUCCCUUUUGGACUUUUUUUUUCCAGGCUCUAAUAUUGUGCAACACUAAAGAUCUCUUGAUGGGACGAUCAAGAAAUCUGAAUUUUAUGCCUCAAGACUUGUACAGUAAACACAUGGCUGUAUUUCAACAUGUUUACUUUCUCUGUGCCUCUUCACCUUUCUGAAAGAAAAAAAAAAAAGCCAAAGUAGACUGCAGUUGCUUUUGUUCCUCUUGGAAAUUCCUGAAUAAAUUUUAUUUGAUUCCAGAUCAAUAUUUUAAGUCUCAGCAAUCCGUCCACUUUGCUACACUGAGCUGAUGUCAGCAGCCUUCCUACAUAUUUUAUCUGCGGCUGAACUUCCCCUCAAGCAAAAGGCAAAAUGUGUCUGAAACUGAGGAAGCUGCUGUUUGUUUCCUGUUUACAUGUCAGAACUGAUCUCCUGGGCCCCAUCUAUGUUUUUUUUAAAUCUUUCCUACAUUAAGAACGGCUGAAAUUGGAAUCCGUUUUCAGCCCCUGAAAACCAAAUAGAAAGCUGCUGACUUGAAGCAAAUCAGUGACAAAAACUGCUCGCUUUAUUUUGAAUCUCCUGAGACAGAAAGCUAAAAUACAAAUUAGCUCUUUACACUGGUACUUUGGUUGUGUCUUAUAUUUCUCCUUCUUACAAUCAGGCUUGUUUUUUCCCCCCACUAUGUAAUGUUUUAAAAGAAAAUGACAAAGGAAACAGGUCUAAAGCUUGAAAACCAUGCAUGUGUAAUGUUCUUAAUGUGCUGUUCCUCAGCUCUCUAGCAUUUAGAUAUUUUCUCCCAUGAGGCUUUUGGUUCUGCUGUGUUCUUGCAUUAUUAUUAUUUGGAUUAUUCUGCCCCACUUUUUUGCCUGUUAUUGUUCUGUUUUUUUUUUGUUUUUUUUUUAAAUAUCUUAAGUAACUUAUUUCACUUGUACAAACUUGUCAAUAUUUAUUAUCAUUGUACAUAUGUCCUUAUUUUUUAUAUGUGUAUAUAAAUACACAAAUAAAAAAAUAGACAUACUUGGA